CGUCAUGCCCAUGCAAGAAAGCGGUGGAGUGUGCACUCGCGGACGGAGCCGCUGCUGUGUUUAAAACUGUGUUUGUGUUCUUAUCCGUGCGGUUCUUUUUCUCUGGUGCUGCUUUGACCUGAAUGGUUAGACGGGUCCUGUUUUAAUCAUGGUCGGGGUGAAGGUCAUCGCCAACGAUGCCGAGUUCCAGCCCGAGCUCGCGAGCGCCGGCUCCAGGCUCGCCGUUGUGAAGUUCACCAUGGCAGGGUGUCGGCCAUGUCUGAGAAUAGCUCCAGCCUUCAACAUGUUAAGCAGCAAGUACCCACAGGUUGUUUUUCUCGAGGUUGAUGUACAUGUGUGUCAGGGAACAGCUGCAGCCAACAACAUCUCCGCCACACCAACGUUCCUGUUUUUCCGAAACAAAGUGCGGGUGGAUCAGUACCAAGGAGCAGAUGCUUCAGGCUUGGAGGACAAGAUCAAGCAGCAUGUAGAGAACGAUCCCGGAAGCAAUGAGGACUCAGACAUUCCUAAAGGAUACAUGGACCUCAUGCCAUUCGUGAGUAAAGCUGGGUGCGAAUGUCUUAACGAGAGUGAUGACUGUGGCUUUGACAAUUGCUUAAUUAAAGACUCAUCCUACCUGGAGUCAGACUGUGACGAACAGCUUCUCAUCACGAUGGCUUUUACUCAACCUGUAAAGCUCUUCUCUAUGAAACUGCUGGCCUCAGACUUAGCUCAAGCCCCGAAGUGUGUGAAGAUCUUCAUUAACCUCCCACGCUCCAUGGACUUUGACGACGCGGAGAGGAGUGAGCCCACGCAGGCACUGGAGCUGACUGAGGAAGACUACAAAGAAGAUGGCCUGAUCUCGCUCAGAUACGUCAAGUUCCAGAACGUUAACAGUGUGACUCUGUUCAUAAAGUCAAACCAAGGUGACGAGGAAACGACAAAAGUGAACUACCUGACGUUUAUAGGAACUCCAGUGCAGGCCACAAACAUGAACGACUUCAAACGGGUUGUAGGGAAGAAGGGGGAGAGCCACUGAGCAGAUGAAACCUGAACGUGGUCACACACUCACUCUCAAUUAGAAAGCAGCGUGCUGGAACUGUACCACUGCUCUCCAUCAGAGAGGUUAAGAAAAUGAUGCUGAAGAGAGAAAAGGAAUAAGGAGAAAGAGAGUAGGAGAGAGAAAUCGCUUCUUUGGCUCAAUGAGGCAAAGCAUUCUCUGCAUUUUUAUCUACAAAACGCCCAAAAUGAACCUGUAAAUAAAGUGAAUCCUUUUUCAAAGGCAA